UGCUAGGCAGCUAAACCUGCAACUUAACCAAAUGAGAGACAAAUGUAAUAUGAAAUUUCCAUUAUAAGUCUCAAGUAAAAUUUUUUUGUUCAGAGACUGGAGAUUACACGAGACCUAUGAAAGUAACUAGAAAGAUCAUUGGAACCAUCAGUUCAUCUGCUGCUGGCCUGGAGCAAUGCAUUUUAGAUCCAUCAUGGGAGACCACUUUCCUCCCGUGUCUGUUUUCAAAUAUGCUGGUAGUUCCUAGUUUCAUUAUUAAGCUUUGCUUUUCUGAUGGACUGGCUACACAAGAAGACACACUGCUAAAGGUCAAAGUAAAAGGGAGGAGACAGACUUGUAUGUCUUCCUGCCUAUUCCACAUUCAUCCUCAUACAAGGCUCCAAAUGGCUGUAAGUGAAGCCCCGGUUCAUGUGAGGAACACUCUCCUGAUGCUUUGGCUGGGCUUAUUACUCUUCCUUUCUGGAUGGCCUCAGAUCGGACACUCUCAACAUCACAGUCACCUAGAAGUGGUAAUACCCAUGAGGGUGACUGGCACUAGGAAAGGUGUGAAGACUCCAGGCUGGCUCUCCUAUAGCCUGCACUUUGGGGGACAGAGACACAUAAUCCACAUGAAGGCCAAAAAGCUGUUAGUAUCCAGACACUUCCCUGUGUUUAGUUACACAGACAAGGAUGUUCUCCGUGAGGAUCUGCCAUUUAUCAAGGAUGACUGCCACUACCGGGGUUACGUAGAAGGAGAGCCAGAAUCCUUCAUUGCUCUUAGUUCCUGUUUUGGGGGCUUUCAUGGAAUACUACAGAUAAAUGACACUGUGUAUGAAAUCAAGCCCAAAAGGUUUUCUAAAACACAUGAGCAUCUGAUUCAUAGACAAUUCUACAGUGAGGCAGAAUUCCAAUCCAUAAAAUGGCAAGGGGCAGAAAAAGAGACAGCAGGGAAACUGGGAUUUCAAGAGCGUAACAAUCUCCAUCUCAUGCAAGAGAAGUAUGAGGGCUGGUGGCCGCACAGAUGGUUUGUGGAGUUUGCGGUGAUUAUAGACCAUCAACGAUUCAUUUUCCGGAAUGGUAAUAUCACAAUGGUGAUGCAAGAUGUAUUAAUCACAAUGAACGAAGUAAAUUCCAUUUUUUCUGCAAUUGACGUUUCUGUGUGUUUAUGUGCACUUGAGAUUUGGAAUCACAGAAACUUAGUGACAAUAGGCAACAUUUAUGAAACAUUGCAAGGGUUUUGCCAGUGGAAGUACACAACUUUUGAUGCCCGAGUAAAAAAUGAUGCUGCACAUUUUUUUUCAAGGAAUGAUUACUUACAUGAGGGUGAAUCAUACUGGGGAAAAAUAUGCCAAAAGAAUAGCUGUGGUAUUGAAAAGUUUUUUGCAAAUGAUGAGUUUUAUAAAUUUGCACUUAUUGUGUCACGUGAGAUAGGUCAUAAUUUGAACAUGCCCCAUGAUGUAGGAACAUGUACUUGUGGGAAGGAGAAGUGCCUAAUGUCUAAAGGAUCAGAACUCACAGCUACAUUUAGUAAUUGUAGUAUUUCUGGCUUUGUGGAGAUUAUACAAAAGACUACCUGUUUGCGCAAUAGACCAACACCUCUGAAAGACCUGUGCGGGAAUGGUGUAGUUGAGGAAAUGGAGCAGUGUGACUGUGGAACCCUCAAGCUGUGUACACAAGAUCCUUGUUGUUUUGCAAACUGUACUCUGAGACCUGGGGCAGCUUGUGGGUCUGGUCUUUGUUGCAAAGACUGCAAGUUCAGGGCAGCAGGUGAAUUAUGCAGAGAGAAGGAUAAUGAGUGUGAUCUUCCCGAGUGGUGCACUGGAACUUCACGGGAGUGCCCUGAAGAUGUCUAUUUGCAAAACGGAGAGACUUGCAGAAGCACAAGCCACUGCUACAACAAUAAAUGCUUUUCCACCCGUGAUGAGCAGUGUCAACAAAUUUUUGGUGUGGAUGCUAAAAAUGCAAAUCAAUCAUGUUACAGAGAGUUGAAUACUCGUGGUGACCGGUUCGGUAACUGUGGUAAUGACACAAAAUCAUAUUUAGCAUGUAAAGAAAAAGAUAUUAUGUGUGGAAGAAUUCAGUGUGAGAAUGUGAAAAGAAUGCCCUUACUGAGAGAACAUACUACUGUACAUUCUGUGACAUUCAACAGCACUACCUGUUGGGGCACUGACUACCACUUCGGGAUGGUGAUACCUGACAUUGGUGAUGUGGAAGAUGGCACAGAGUGUGCUGAAAACUCUAUAUGUUCUCAAAAGAAGUGUAUCCCUGUGCAAGUGCCUCAAUAUAAUUGUUCCCACGCAUUGUGCCAUAGUCAUGGAGUCUGUAACAACAAAGACCACUGCCACUGUGACUCUGAGUGGAAACCACCUACCUGCAAAAUAGCAGGUUACGGAGGCAGUAUUGAUAGCGGCCCACCUCCCAUCCCACAAACACCCCAAAGGCCAAAUGUGUUGCUUUAUAUUCUAUUGAUUUUAUUGAUUGUUUUAUUAUUACUUUUGCUUGUUCUAUGCUGUAUAUUUUUUCUUCUUGCAAUUAAAGACAAGCAAAAAGAAGAGGAAGAGAAAGAAAAAGAGAAAACUGCUGGUCUACCUCCAGAAGGGCAAAGUGUGGCAGAGCCACCAGUGGCACCUCCACCACCAACAGCUGAUGCAAAACCAGAGGUAGAUAAUGCCAAGCGAUCUGUACUCAAGAGAAGGAAGACUGUUCGAAGCACAAAAAAGGGAAGAAAGAGUGUGAAAGCCUCAGUUCUGAAACGCAAAAGUACUAAAAAGGCUUCUUUAGCUGCAAGGAAGAAGUAG